AUGCUGUUGUAUCAUCUCACAUUAUCAAAGAAUCUCGUAGUGAGCCACCCAGAAGCUCCAAAACUUGUUUACAAGAACCUCCAGAGUCCAGACAAGGCUGAAGACCCUCUGUCGCAAGUCAGUCCAAGAAUUGUGCAAGGCGCUGGGUAUAACAGUCGUUUUGUAGAGAAUAUUUCUCUGAGCUGGUGCAGUUGUCACCUUCUGAACUCUGCUGACAACCUCAGGCAACGUGUCAGGUCCAGCAGUCAGCACAAGAGUGAAAGAGAGAAGUUCCAGUGUUCAGAAUGUAAUAGUUCCUUUACUCGAAAAUCUGACUUAGUACGACAUAUGAGGAUUCACACAGGAGAGAAGUUCCAGUGUUUGGAAUGUAAUUGUUCAUAUAGAGAGAAGUUCCAGUGUUCAGAAUGUAAUCGAGCAUUUACUCAGAAAUCUGUUUUAAUGCAACAUAUGAGGAUUCACACAGGAGAGAAGUUCCAGUGUUUAGAGUUGAGCGGAUCAACACAUUUCAUAGACUGGUCAAGGGAAGGAGUGAAAGAGGAACCUGUUGAUAGUCAACCUUCUAUCUUAGGUAUAUCAGAAGAUUCACUUAAAUUGGAAAUGGUUCCUCCAUCAUCUAUAAAACUAGAGAAUCUUAAGGAGGAAUUUGAUUUUGUUGAAGAAGAAUUCUGA